UUGGAGACUCCAAAUCAGCUGCGAGUCCAUGGCGUGCGUCAUUGCGCAGCGGCGCGUCCAGCCCAUAGUGGUUAAUAGAAAUCCGCUGACAGAGCACAACCAGUUGUUUGUGCGGGCAUAUGUAUGCGCGGAUCAGCAGGUGCUGUCUUUAACCAAACUGGAUGGAAGUCUUGGGUGCAUUCUGUUCGAUGUAAAGGAGAAAACCGUCGCGUUCCGGACUGUUCCCAGCAGGAUGCGUUGACAUUUAUUGACAUGCUCACGGAGAUCUUCGGCACUUACAGAUAAACGUCACCUGGCAUCUCCACUUCUUCGACAGCCAUGGCUCUCUUUGGAUCUGGAGGGACUGUGUUCACCAUCCUCCUUAUUAGCAGGUUGUUAGAGAGCUCGUUGCUUAACGCAGAAGUGAAGGAAGGAGAGAUUCUGCCUCCUACCAUUCAGAGGCUGAUGAAAGGAUACAACAAGUACCUCAGGCCUUUCUUUGACAAUGGCCCAGUAACGGUUGGGAUGAGCUUGGACAUUGCCAGUAUCGACACCAUCUCAGAGAUCAACAUGGACUACACCGCUACCAUAUUCCUCCGUCAGCGCUGGACGGAUGAACGUCUGGUGUUUGAAGGCAACAAGAGCUUGAGUCUGGAUGGACGACUGGUGGAGCUCCUCUGGGUCCCUGAUACCUUUAUUGUGGACUCCAAGAAGUCCUUUCUCCAUGACAUCACUGUGGAGAACAGGCUGAUCCGCAUCUUCCCCAACGGGACCGUCCUUUACGCGCUGAGGAUCACCACCACCGUGGCCUGCAACAUGGAUCUGACCAAGUACCCGAUGGACAAACAGACCUGCACGCUACAACUGGAAAGCUGGGGUUAUAACAUAAACGACGUCAUGUUCUACUGGACCAGAGGGAAUGAAUCUGUCAGCGGCUUAGACAGCCUCCAGCUGGCUCAGUAUACGGUGGAAGACCACUACACGUCGGUGUCAGAGGCCAUUUAUGAGACAGGUCGCUACCCGAAGCUGGUCUUCCACUUCGAGCUGAAGAGGAGCAUCCUCUACUUCAUCCUGGAGACCUACGUCCCCUCCAGCCUCCUGGUGGUCCUGUCCUGGGUCUCCUUCUGGAUUUCCUUGUCCUCCGUUCCAGCUCGUAUUUGUAUAGGGGUUACCACGGUGUUGACCAUGACCACUCUGAUGAUGGGCGCCCGUACCUCUCUGCCCAAUGCCAACUGUUUCAUUAAAGCCAUCGACGUUUACCUGGGAAUCUGCUUCAGUUUUAUCUUCGGUGCCCUCAUCGAGUACGCUGUGGCCCACUUCUGCACCCUCAGCCACAGCGACGCACACAUGCUAAUGUACCGCCACCACAUGCACGAUUUCGACGACGAGAUGAACGGCAUCGUCACCACCAUCUCCACUCACGCCAGCCGAGCCAAGAGACGCAAGGAGCCGGCGGCGACUCCUCCCCCGGCUCCCGCCUCCACAGAACUCACUGUCAGCCCGUCCAGCCCCUCGGGCAGCGAGCCUAAGCCUGAGGCGUCGCCCCCGGAGCCCACCAACUGGUGCCUCACUGUUCUCGCCACCCUCCGCAAAGUGCUCCGCUUCAUAAGCUGCUGUCACGUGGAGAACCCCCACCACAUAGACAACUACUCCCGAGUCACCUUCCCCCUCUCUUUUGUCAUGGUUAAUCUGCUCUACUGGACAUAUUAUCUGUACUUUUAGCAUUGUCCUCGAGUGUCCCAGACAGCGUUUCAGAGCGUGUAUGCGGACGAGGAGUGUAUUUUACUGUAUGUAUGUACAGUAAGUGUUCUUCAGGUGUGUUCUGAGAUGCCUGUGUUUUAAUUUUUAUAUUUGGAAUCAUGACUUAAAGUAGCAUCCUCGCAGGGUUGAUUCUGUCGAAAAGUAAAACUUCUGAUUACAGCUCCAUUUUUAGAUAUUAAUGUGUCCUGGAAUUGAGUCAUGGCUUUAAAUUUUUAACAGCGUCGUAAAAGAUUGACGUAUCCGACAUUGACAGAAGAACAAAUGCUCACUUGAAUGAAUUCUGUCUCAAAUUUGGAUGAAAAGAACAUUCCUUGCAAAGAUUAAACAAAAAAAAAAAUGUCCAGUGUGUAUUUAUUUUAAGCGAAUCCCAGCACGAGCUCUGACACGCUGAAGAUGGAGCGGUAAUUUAAGGCUUUAUGACAGAAUCCACUCGCGUUGUUGAAAGGAGAGCAAAUGCCCAUUUCACUUGGAUACUCGAUUAUGAUGGAUUGUUCAUUGAUAUUUUACGUCAUUUUCCAUUUCUGCCUGCAGGUACAACGUUUAGAGCGAAAAAGAGGAGAAAUAACAGAUGGGGGAGGGGAUGAGAAAGAGAGACAAAACAGGGGGAAAAACAAGUCUGUUGGAUGAGAAGUA